AUGAAGGCGUUUGUCAUCACAAUCAUCGCGAGCUCUUUGCUAAGUCUAGGACUUGCCAACCCCGUCAACGUGACUGAGCGUGCAUCUGGCGGUGUUUAUGUCUGCCCCGGCCCCAACUGGUCACCAACAAACCUAUGUCAGGACGUUCAGAUGACUGAUGGCGGUUGCUGGACAAUUCCGUGGCAGACUCUGGGAUCAAUUGGUCCCGAUCCUGGCUGGGUUUGCUCCAUGUUUGUUGAGCCUGGAAACUGCUUCGCCAGCUCUGGCAACCUCAACUCGGGCGGUAUCUGGACCCCCGGCGUUGCCGACUUGACAACUUGGAACGACGGCGUCUCUGGGAAAUGGAACGGAUACUGGUUUACCCAGGCAAGGACCAUUCAGUGCGUGUUGGGUUAG